GAAUAAUGUUCUGUUGGGUCUGAAAAUUCAUGAUGGAAUUUACAACCGUACUGGAUACUUCUUCUUCAUUGGAUCUUAAUCUCAAAAUCCUCCAAGGCCACCCUCUGCCUCUACCCCUGAAAGGGGACUUGAUGGAAGAGAUAGAAAGGGUGAGGGCAGAGAACAAGAAACUGGCUCAAGUGUUGGCAGCCAUGUCCGAAAGCUACAAUCAGCUCAGAACCAAACUAAUCACCACCCAACACGACAACAAAAGCGACGCUGCCCCGAGGAAGAGAAAAGCAGAAGCCACGACAAACAGCAGCUCGAAAAAUCAUCGAAACAAUAAUGAUAGAUAUAGAGGAGGAGAUCAAUCUUACAGUAGCUCCAGCGACCAUCCCGGCAAGGUCAAGAUUUCACAGAUCCAUGUCCGAGCCAAAGCAUCCGAAGCAGGCCUUAUAGUGAAAGAUGGGUACCAAUGGAGGAAAUACGGGCAGAAAGUGACGAGGGACAACCCGUCCCCUCGAGCUUAUUUCAAGUGCUCGUUUGCUCCGUCGUGUCCUGUCAAAAAGAAGGUCCAAAGAAGCAUCGAAGAUCAAUCGAUCGUGGUGGCAACAUACGAAGGAGAGCACAACCAUCCACACCCCUCGAGUUCCGGCUCCAACCGGGGCUCAUCUAAACCAACAAUCACCCUUGAUCGCGCCAAAGGAAAGGCGGGAACCACUCAAGAAGAAGCAUCAAGCUCAAGAGGGAUACCUGACGCUGAGACGGAGGCCGAGCAACACUUCUUGCUGAAACAGAUGGCUUCGAACUUGACCAAAGAUCCCAACUUUAAAGCCGCGUUGGCAGCUGCGAUUUCAGGGAAAUUCCUUCAGAACAAAAAUGAUAAUAAUGAUUAUUCGUGA